UUCAUGGUAGCUAUCUGGGGCACGGGGCCAGUACGUCUAGCCAGCUCGAAGUGCCACGACUUCACAGCAGUCCACGGAUUCUCCAGUGGAGUGAGGGGGGGGAAAAAAAAAAGCAACUUAGCUACGUAGCUGGAUAAAUAGGUAGCUUUGCACUUAAGUCACUUCAUCUACAACUCAAAGCUUUCAGCCCUUUCUCUAUUCCCUUUCAGGCCAACUGACGUAGCUACAUCCCCAGCGAGGUUUACUGAAAUUGAACAAUGGAUAUCUAUGACCCCCAGACCCUUGGGAUAAUGGUGUUUGGUGGAUUCAUGGUGAUCUCGGCUGUCGGGAUUGCUCUUGUCUCCACCUUCUCCAUGAAAGAGACCUCUUAUGAGGAGGCUCUGGCUAAACAACGCAGAGAGUUAGGUAAGAUACAGUCUGUUCGCUCUGAGAAAAAGAAGAAGGACAAAGUAUCUGAGAAGAAGAGCCGUGGAAAGAAGAAAGAAGAAAAGCCCAAUGGAAAGAUCCCAGAGCAAGAAAAAAUUGAAGAGGCUGCUGAUGCUGAGGCAGUCAUUGAGCCUGCGGCUGCCCCAGUUGUAGCUGCUGCUCCUGCUCCUGUCCCUGAUAUCCCAGCUUUUGAGGCUAAGCCAACUGCAGCCCCAACGCCAGCAGAUACCCAGCCCAAGACAGCUGCUGAACCAAGCCCUGCUGCUGAGCCCUCACCUGCACCCUCACCUAAAGAGAAGAAGAAGAAGAAGGUGGCUAAGGUCGAACCAGCCUCAACCCAACCAGCUGUACUUGUGUCUGUCCCUGCACCAGUCAAGUCCUCCGCAGUCCCUGCAUCAACCCAGGCCCCUGUGUCUGCCCCAGCUAAAGCAACCACCCCACCCUCUACACCUGCCCCGGCAUUGGCUAAGGCUGCCCCGGCAUCGGCUAAGGCUGCCCCGGCAUCGGCUAAGGCUGCCCCUGCCCCGGCAUCGGCUAAGGCUGCCCCUGCCCCUGCAUCGGCUAAGGCUGCCCCUGCCCCUGCAUCGGCUAAGGCUGCCCCUGCCCCUGCAUCGGCUAAGGCUGCCCCUGCCCCUACAUCGGCUAAGGCUGCCCCUGCCCCUACAUCAGCUAAAGCUGCCCCUGCAUCAGCCAAAUCUGCCCCUUCCGCUGCUCUUGCAUCAGCUAAGUCUGCCUCUGCCCAAGCCAAAUCUGCCCCAGCACCAGCAAAGGCUGCAGCAGUCCCAACAAAGUCCUCCGUAGCCACAGCCAAGUCUUCACCAGCUCCAUCCAAGACUGGCCCGGUGCUGGAGGCUGUCACUAAAGACGUCCCAGUGAUGGCUGUGCCUCCAGUGGGAUCGCAGCAGACUCCUGCUGUUGCACCUAAAGCACAGGAGACUAAGAAGAAGUCCUCAAAGAAAAAGACUGAGUCUGUGGCAGCCGUGGAUUCUGCUGAUGCUCCCCUGUACCUGCCCUACAAAGCUCUGGUGUCCACUAUCAGUAGCAUGGUGUUUAGUGAGGGAGAAGCUCAUAGGCUCAUUGAGAUCCUGUCGGAGAAAGUUGGCAUCAUUCAGGACACCUGGCACAUGGCCACUCAGAAAGGAGACCCAGUGGCCGUGCUGAAGAAACAACUGGAGGAGAAGGAGAAACAGCUGGCGGCAGAACAAGAGGACGCUUCUGCAGCAAAGAACCGUCUGAGAGAACUCACCAAGGAGCUGUCUGCUGAGAAGUCUAAGGUGGCCAAUGUGGAGACCAGGCUGAGUUCCCAGCUGAGUAAGAGGGAACAAGAAAUGAUUGCUCUGCAAGCUCGCAUGCAGGCCAGUUACCAGGACCAUGUAGCCCAGACCCAGAGGCUCAAUGCAAAGAUUGUCAGCCUGCAGGACCAGCUGGAAAAAGGCCCAAAUGCCCAACUUGCCCGUUUACAGCAGGAGAACUCCAUUCUCCGUGAUGCCCUCAACCAAGCUACCAGUCAGGCCGAGAGCAAACAAAAUGCGGACCUGGCCAAGCUGCGACAGGAAUGUGCAAAGUUAACCAAGGAACUUGGAGAGAAGACAGAAAGUCUGCUUGCUGAUGAGCACAUCAGAAAAGGGCUGGAGGCCAAGGUCUCCGCUGCUGAGAAGCAACUCUCCCUGCUGCAGGCCAGCCAUGCGGAGAGUGAGCAGGCCUUACAGAGGAGGUUGGAGGAGGUGUGCGAAGAGCUCAGAACAACACAAAGUAAAAACAGCAGCCUGCAGGCCACCUUGGACAAGGCCCAGCAGGAUAGCAGCACACUCUCAGAGUUUCAAGUUCGUACAGGGAGAUUAGAGGCUGAGAUCAGGGAGCACUCUGCUAAGGUAGAUACCCUCACUGCCCAACUGGAGGAGACACAGGCAGAGAAAAGCCAGCUCGUACAGCAGGUGGCCUCCAUCAACUCACUGCUGGAGGCCAGUCAGAACAAAAAGGAGGAGGAUAACAAUCAGGUGAAUGCUACAGAACUGGAACAGGUAAAGCUCAGCCUUCAGGACAGAGACAGCCAGUUGAGUGCGCUUAACGAGGAACUGAAGCAACUGCAGCUAAAGCAGGAAGCUGCCGAGAACACUAUUGUUGAGCUUGAGCAAAGAAAUAAGAGAGAGGAUGCCAGCCUUAUCACAUCACUUCAGGGUGAACUUGAAAACCUCAAAGAAGAGAUGGUGCAACUUAAGAGCACACCAUCAGAUAGCUCCGCAGAGCUUGGGCAACUACAGAACAGUCUGACUGAGAAGGAUGCCCUUGUAACAUUACUACAAGAGCAGCUGAGAGAAGUGAAAGAAAAGAUGACCACUGAUGCAAACGCUGAGGCACUACUGUCAGCUUUUCAAACUGAAACCAAAGAAACUCUCCAGACACUCUUCCCACAGAUACACUUAGAGACAGAGCAGGCCAACUGGUUACAAGUAUUUAUGCAGAAAGCUCAGGAGGCUCUUAGCCAGCAGAGCCAGGAGUCUCAGUCAAGCACAGCGUUGCCAGAGUUGCUGGAGAAACUGAAGGAGGCUGAGGAGAGCCAUGGCUCCCUGCAGGCUGAAUGUGAACAGUACAGGACAGUCCUGGCUGAAACGGAAGGAAUGCUGAAACAUCUGCAGAAGAGUGUAGAAGAGGAAGAGCUGGUAUGGAAGUCCAAGAUGGCUGACUCAGAGGAACAGCUGACGUUGGCUUUGGAGAAAGUCAGCAAGCUGGAGGCAGAAAACCAGAGUGUAGAACAGCUGAAGGAGCAGAUGAUGCUUCUUGAAGCCCAGCUGGAGAAGCAGUCAGACAACCAGGGGAUCUCAGAGGAGAUGGAGCAGCUGAAGCUGCAGCUGUCGGAGUGUCAGAGUCAGCUGGAUUUGGCCCAGAAGGAAUCCCAGGCACACGAGGAGGAGCUUACAAAGGUCAGAGAGCAACUGGGCGAGAUCACGAUGCUGGCUCAGCGCGAACAGAAUGGCCCAGCUGAGGCUCAACCCAGUCAGUUCGAGAACAAGUUGAGUCAGACAACUGAAAAGCUGCAGGAAGAGGCAACUCAGAGGCAGCAGCUCUCUGAAGAGUUUGAGCAGGCCCAGAAAACAAUCACGGAACUUCAGGCUCAGCUGGAUCUGCUGAAGGUUUCUGCAGAGUCACCACAAACUGACACGGAGGAUGUUGCUCAGCUCAAGGAGCGCCUGGAGAAGGAGAAGAAGCUGUCCAAAGACCUGGGCCAGGCAGCCACCAAGCUCCAGCAGCUUCUCAAAGCCACUCAGGAGCAGCUGACCAAAGAGAGAGACACAGUGAGAACACUACAGGAGCACCUGGAAGGCAAGGGAGAUUACGUAGAGCUGAAGGAAGGAACGUCCGUCUGACAGGAAGCUUACUGUGGACACUACACAAAACUGCCAAAUAUGCCUUAUGAUUACCAUAGUUAUGCAUUCCAAAACCAUUUCUUUCUUGUACUGUAGUAGAUUGCAUUUGUUGCAACUGUAGGAAUUAUGUUUGAUAAUAUGAACAUUUUAAAGUAAGAUUAGAGGAGAGAGUCCUGCGGCAAUCUUUACUGAAACCCACAUUCCAUCAACAAUUCUGGCUAUGUCAGAAGUUAUUUAUCCCCCUGCCUUAUAUUCCAAACUUUCCCCCAUAGUUCAGUGUUAAAAGGGAAACCGAUUGUACGUCAAACGUACAACAACCUGUGCAAUUACUUUGUAUGUCUUUUCUAUGUGGUUGAAUGACAUGAACAUUUUAUGGUUCAAUGAUGCAGUACCUUUAGGGCCCGCUUUCCUCUGUAGCUGGCUGCCAAUAACACACAUUGAAUUUGAAUUUGUAUGAAUGAAUAAACUACGGUGUCACUCUGUCAUUCC